GCAACUGCUAUGGCUUGCUGUCCCUCCUCCAACAGUGUUGCUAUAGGGACCAAAAGAGGUCAAGUCUAUUUCCUUGAUGUUACUGAAGUUGAAGCUCCAAGGGUUAUUCACAGAAUUUUUCUUUCCAAAUUUCCAGUGCUGUCUUUGCAUUAUGAUCAGAGUGGCCAGUUCCUCAUCGCUAGAGCUACAGAAGGACAUAUCUUUAUUCUAGAUGCCCGGCCUUCAAAAUUAUUCCAAGUUCUUGGAUAUGUAGUGUUGGCAGAUGAAGUGCUGGAUCUUUCUGUAGUUUCUGACUUCAAGAAUGACUUAGUUGAAGUGGUUGUACUUCUUAAUGUAGUAGAGGUCCAGCGAGCAAGAUUGGAAAUUUUUUUUCUAUCAUCUUCAGCACUCACAACAGAUAAUGAUAAAUAUGUUAACGAACAAGGAAUGCUUAAUGCUUGUGCCAUUAAAAAGGAGCAAUAUGAUCUGGAUUACCCUUUGAGCUCAGCAGUCAGGUUGAAGGACAACAUUGUGUAUGGCUACUGUACCUGUGCACCUUUCGUCUGUAAAUACCAUCUCUCUGAGGAGAAUGUGUUGGAAGAUCCAUCAGUAUUUUUAUCAGAAAAGAGAAUUCCUAGCAAUCAGUUUGGAUCAGGGUUCCUCUGUUUAUCACCCAACAGCCGGUGGCUGGCAUCAGCAGCGAAGGAUGGCGUUUUGUUCAUCUAUUAUACUUCUACUAUGGAUAUGCUUGCUCAAAAGCAUUGUCACUCAUAUCAAGGAGGGGGAAUCAGAUCCGUGGUGUUUUCACUGGAUGGCAAAUUCAUCCUCGUUAAUGGCAAAAAUGAUGGUGCCCUGGUGUGUCUGAAAUGGAAGAAGAUAAAGAAAAUUGAAGUUGAGGAAGCUGCUUUUCACUGGAAAUCUCUUCUUCCUACACUGAACACGUCUACUUCAAAUGAAAAUGUUGUUUUAAAAUCUAUGGCAAAAUGGCAGUUUGAUCUGGAAUCCACAUCAGAAUCACUUCCACAAGAGAAAUUUAAGGAGGAACGACUUAAAUCUUCCAAUGUAGAGGUGACAGAAGAAGAUGGAAGCAUCACCAGUUUGUAUUCAGCCAGUACCAAUGACAUGACAUGGAUAGGCCAGAAAAUAAAGAAGGUCAUUAGAGAAGAGACUCAGAGGUUUGCUAACCAGAAGAAAGAGCUGCAAAUGGGACUUAAGAAGCUGCGUAAAACCAUUCAGAAAAUGAUGUAUGAAAAUGAACAGGUGCCAGACAUUGAGAAACUGGAGCAGCAGGAGUUCAACCUGGAUAUAGAAGAACAGGAAAGAGCACAAGAAGAGGCUGAACAAGAAGUGGCCAGGGUGAGGAAGGAGAUUGAGAUGGAGAAUUUAGUCAACUGCUAUUUGCAGGAUGUCAUCAAACAUGAGUGCUGGGAUGCUAUGUGUGUAAAAGGACGUGCAGUUAAGUGCUUCCAUAAGGCUUGUGAAGUGAAGAAUUAUCCACUGAAGGAACGUAGUGAAGAAGAGCUGGAAACUUUGGAGAAAGUUCUUCGGUUAAAGAAGAUUGAGACAGCUGAUCUUACGGUUCAGAGGAAAAAUCUUGAGAUUGAGUCUGAGAUUGUAUUAUCUAAGGAAGAAGGAGAGAAGGCAGAAGAAGUAACAGCUGAUGAUAGUGCAUCUUACUGCCUGAUUGGAAGUCUGAGCUCACAGUAUGGUGGAGACACAUCUAUCCUAUACCACCAAUGGGACUUGCACACCAGGGAGCAGAAAGUCAAUCAGAUAGUAUUGUUGAAGGACAUCAUUUACAAAGUGAAAACUGCUUUUAAUAAGGAAUUUGACAUAGUUGCACAACAAAAGAAGCAUGAGAUAACACGAGUGAAAGAAAGAAACCUGAAGAUCCGAGAAAUCUUGGCACAGCUUGACCUCCAAGUGGAAGUGUGGGAGCCCGCUCUUACAGAUGAUGAGAUACCGGAGCGAGCGCUCACUGUUCAGGAUUCAGAGAUUAAAGUUGAAAGAUACUUGACUCAACAAGAGAGAGAAAAAGAAGUAGUGCUGGCUAAGCUUGAAAUGGAAAGACGCCUUGCUGCUAUGGUACUUAAAGACAAUGAAAGGCUGCGUGCUCUUAAUGACAUGAUGGGUGGAGUGCUAGAAGUCAAAAAGGAAGACAUCUUGAAAAUGGAUAUUCCUCCACCUCCUUUUAUAUCCAAGCCUGAGCAUGUUUGGAAUGAUGAAGAGAAGAAAAUAUUUGAAGAACAUGAGAAAAAAGUCAAGGAGCUGAAUGAAGAAAAAGAGAAGUAUAGAAGGGCACUGGAAAAUGAAUUGAAGAAACUUGAAGCUUCCAUUCAGGAAACAACACAAAAUUUUGAUGAGACUGUGUGCAAACUGUCUGAAAAGAAAGUGAAAUUAGAAAUGGUCAUCUGUCAGGAAGAACUCAAAAUAGUCAAUCUUGUUUAUGCUUUACUGUUGGAUGAAGAGUUGGACACCAGAGAAGCUGGACUUCAUAAUUUCCUUAUGAAAAAGGAGAAAGAAAAAGUCAAGACUGCAAAAACAAUCCAGACUACAAAAAAUAAAAUUGAGGCUUACACAGACACCUAUGAAAAAGCAAUGGUUGAAGAGAAGAACCUGGAACGUGGUUUUGCAAAGGAGUUUGCUGACGUACCUGCCAAUCUCCUUGAUGAGCUUUUCCAACUUUACAAACAUCGACCAAAGACCCCAAUGACAGAAAUGCUCCUUGACACUGCUAACCCAUAUGGGGAUUGUUCAGGCUCAGCUGAAGAUUACAAAGAUGCACUUACCCUUUUAAUGAAAGCCAUGGAUGAACUGGAUAGUCCUGAGCACAUGCCUAAUGGCUUAGACCCAUCUAUAUGGGAACAUUUUUGUCUAGCUAGACGAAAUAAAGUGGAGAGUGAGGAGCUGGUGAAAUGGAAAGCCCUAACACUGGCAGAGAUGCAGGCCUUUCUCCAGAGAAGAAUGGAUGACAAUGAGAAGAUUAAAUCAGAAAUAGAAGACAUUUUCCAAGAACUCACUUGGCUUCAGGAAGAGAAGAUGAAACUUCAGUUGAAUUUGACUGUCCAGUUUUUGCUAAAACAAGGACAGGUGGAACUGGAAAGUACUGAAAUCCCAGACUAUGCUGAUGCCAUUCUCAUUAAUAAGAGUGUUAUUGAAGAAUUGAAUUGCUCUAUCAUGGCUCAAGGAGAAAAAAAAAUUGCUAGCAUGGUGGAAUGUAAAGACUUCUCUAAAGGGAUAUUUCAGCUGGAAUGGGAACACAAGAAAAUGAGAAUGCAGAUAGAAGAUCUGAAACAGAAGGCUCGGGAUAUUGUAACGCUACCUAUCUCAAAAGAUCGUCAGCUAUUCCUAACUGUGUUGAACUACGACAGCCACAUUGCCCACCACAUUUCAGUGAUGGAGCAGACCCUUGGCAUCAUGGAUAAGCUGCACAAGAAGAAUGUGAAGAACCGUCAGAAAAGAAUUAAAGAGUUGGAGAAGUGCAUCAGUUUAAAAGAGCAAGAAAACUAUGAGCUCAGCCUGGAGCUGAAAGAAAUGCUUGUGUCUGUUUCAGAAAGGAGGCACAUCUUUGAGGCAGCCAACACACAUGUUUCUGAAAAGAUUGCAAAGCAGCGUUACCGACAGAUUUUGAAGCAGAAACACCUACGAGGUCUUGUAAAGGAACAAGAAGAACAGUGUGAAAUUCUUCAGGCAGAAGUUGAAAGACUGAGAUCAAGAACAUUCCCUAUUCUUUAA